AGCUGAGGUGAGGGCGCCUCAAGACUGCAGGUGGAAACUGCAGGGCGCGCGGGGUACCAGCCCACCUCAACCCGCUAUCCUGGUAGCGGAGGUGGCCGGGGCUUUCCGCUGCGCUUCUCCUUCUGUCUUGCGGCGCUCACUUCCGUGACUGGUGGUUCCUGAGUAAUUUGGCUAUAAUGGAUUACAGGCAGUGGAGCACAGCAUACAUCUCAGGACACUGGUCCAUUCCACAGAGUGUUUCAUGCAUUUGUGGACCAAAACAUGGGAUGAACUUUUAUUUUUAAAACGGCAUUGUCAGUAGUCCUGAUUCAUCUUUCAACCUGACAUUGAUGAAGAUGCUGUACCUGUUUUUCUUGGACUAGUAAUCAUUCUGAAAGUCUAUUCAAGCACAGUUUCUAUUUGAAAACUUAAAUACUAAAGAAUCUUAGGAAGUAGCCUGGAGACAUACCCUAUUUGAGGACUUCAGAUUUCAUAGAGACUGCAGUUGGACCCUAGUUAUUCUCCAAUCAAAGUGGUUCUUUUGAUUAACUUAAUUUUGAAGAAUUAUAAAUAAGCAACACCAAAAGAUGGAAGAAAAAAAUGGUGAUGCAAAGGCUUUCUGGAUGGAGCUACAAGAUGAUGGUAAAGUUGACUUUAUGUUUGAGAAAACUCAAGAUGUCCUACAUUCACUGAAACAGAAGAUAAAAGAUGGGUCUGCCACAGAUGGAGACUAUGUCCAAGCAAUGAUUCUAGUAAAUGAAGCAACUCUGAGUAACAGUCAAACACUGGAAAACGGUGGCACAUCUGAGACUCAGAAUGAGCAGGAAAACAAAUCAAAGGCACUUCCCUCUCCAUCACGUGAAAACUCUUCUCCUGAGGCCUCCACCAUUCUAUCUACAGGAAAGAAAGAACUCCUCCCUGUGAACAGUAAAGCUGCAGAGCUAGGGAAGAAGGAACUCCCUUUGCAUAUAUCUUUCCAUCGCCAUAUCUGCUCCAGGGCUUGCCUAAUGGAAACACCACUGUCCUUGAAGGGAGAAAACCCUCUGCAGCUACCAAUCAGAUGUCACUUCCAAAGACGACAUGCAAAGACAAGCUCUCAUUCUUCUGCCCUCCAUGUGAAUUAUAAAACGCCCUGUGGACGGAGUCUACGAAACAUGGAGGAAGUUUUCCAUUACCUGCUUGAAACAGAGUGUAACUUUUUAUUCACAGACAACUUCUCUUUCAACACUUAUGUCCAGUUGACUCGGAAUCACCCAAAGCAAAAUGAAGUUGUUUCUAAUGUGGAUAUUAGUAAUGGAGUGGAAUCAGUGUCCAUUUCUUUCUGUAAUGAAAUUGACAAUAGUAAACUUCCACAGUUUAAGUAUAGAAAGACAGUGUGGCCCCGAGCAUAUCAUCUGAACUUUUCCAAAAUGUUUUCUGAUUCAUGUGACUGUUCUGAGGGCUGCAUAGACAUAAAAAAAUGUGCAUGUCUUCAGUUGACAGCACAGAAUGCCAAAGCGUGUCCCUUGUCACCUGAUGGAGAAUGUACUGGAUAUAAAUAUAAAAGACUGCAGAGACUCGUGCCUUCUGGUAUUUAUGAAUGCAACCUGUUCUGCAAGUGUAGUCGACAGAUGUGUCAAAACCGAGUUGUCCAGCAUGGUCCCCAGGUGAGGCUACAGGUGUUCAAAAGUGAGAAGAAGGGCUGGGGAGUACGCUGCCUGGAUGACAUUGACAAAGGGACAUUUGUGUGCAUUUAUUCAGGAAAGUUAAUGAGCAGAGCCACUCCUGAGAAAACUAAUAUUGGUGAAAAUGGAAGAAAGCAACAGCACAUUGUGAAAAAUUCAUUUUCCAAAAAGCGGAAAAUAGAAGUUGUAUGUUCAGAUUGUGAAACACACUGUGAAAGUCCUAAAACUGAGGGAUGUCCUCCUGAGAUUAGUAGUGAUCUCAAAGAGCCUGUUGCGGAAAUGAACUAUAGAAAUAUUUCAAGAACUCAGCGUCAUUCAGUCAUUGGAAGACCUAAAUCCAAGAGAGCUCUUUUUCAUUACAAUGAGGAAAACAUGGGAUUUGUUGGCCCAGAUUCUGCUGCCCUAGAAGAUAAGACCGGAUUUAAACUAGCUCAAGGAGACUUGAACUCUAAAGCUAGGAGAGCUCACGAGGACUUAAGUUCAAAUCAAGUUGGAGAUUCUGAAGACACACAGCUGACUGAAUCAGAUGUGAUAGAUAUAACUACAAGUAGAGAAGACACUGCCCCAGUACACAGGUGUAAGCACUCAGCCAUAUUGAGUAGUAAGAACAUUAAACAGGUGCUUGAAGUCCCAGUAAAAAAGUCCCAAGAGGAAGAGCCUGCAGCCUCUCAAAGCCAGCAGGUCUUGUGUGAUGAGGAGCUGCCAAGUGAAAAGACAAAGAUUCCAUCUGCUUCCCUGAUGCAGCUCAGUAAGGAGAGUCUGUUUCUAUUGGAUGCUUCAAAAGAAGGAAAUGUGGGCCGUUUCCUCAAUCAUAGUUGCUGCCCGAAUCUCUGGGUGCAGAAUGUUUUUGUAGAAACACAUGACAGGAAUUUUCCAUUGGUGGCCUUCUUCACCAACAGGUUU